CUACGAUACCAGGAUCAAACCCCGGUCAGGCAACUUGGCAAAGAUCUUCUCUUUUUCGGUCAAAUUCGGGAGCUCACGUACCGGCGGUAUUGACCUGCGGAGUAUUCCGGGGACGGUUGUGGAAAAACCACAAGCAAAUCGAAUUUAUAAGACAGAACAAAAGAAAGAAUCAAGAAUCAACUACUCACGCAAAUGGGGCGGACGAAGGGAGAUGGAGCUAGAAGCAAGUCUCGUACCUCUAGCAGCAGUUUAGCUGCGUCUCUAUUGCCACAAGGUGCAAUAACAGUAGGAUUCGGUGGCUUCGUAGGUAGCUCCCGCGUUGAGUCUUCCUUGCCAACAGAAGAUGCUGCUCCUUUCGUGGUAGUUGAUAGUGAGCUGGCACAACACUUGAAAAGGCUUGCAAGAAAGGAUCCCACCACCAAACUAAAAGCCUUGACGUCACUGUCUCAAAUGUUCAAACAGAAAACUUCAAAGGAGAUAGUACCUAUUAUUCCACAAUGGGCAUUUGAAUUUAAGAAGUUGUUGCUGGAUUACAAUAGAGAGGUUCGACGGGCGACUCAUGAAACCAUGAGUAAUCUUUUCAACACUGUCGGAAGAGACUUGGCUCCACAUUUGAAGUCUUUGAUGGGACCAUGGUGGCUUUCUCAAUUUGAUUCAGCUGUUGAAGUUUCGCAAUCUGCGAAGUGCUCCUUUCAGGCAGCUUUCCCAACACAAGAAAAGAGACUAGAUGCUUUACUUUUAUGCUUGUCUGAGAUACUUAUGUACAUAGAAGAGAACCUGAAGCUUAAUCCUCAGAGCAUGUCAGAAAAAAUGACAGCACUAGAUGAAUUGGAAGAGAUGCAUCGGCAGGUCACAAUUUCAUCACUUUUUGCGCUGGCUACCCUGCUUGACAUUGUAAUCGGAACACAAUAUGAAAGGCCUGCUUCAGAAGCUGAGUUAAAACGAGUAACAAAAGCCAAGGACAUAGCUAUAUCAUAUGCUGAAAAGUUGUUCUCCACUCAAAAGUGUUUUCUGGAUUUCUUGAAAUCUCAAAUACCUGCUAUUAGAUCAGCCGUGUAUUCAGUGAUAAGAAGCUUCAUACAAAAUGUUCCUAGUGUUAUUGAUGAAGCAAACAUUAAAAACCUUGCACCAAUAAUACUAGGGGCUUUCCAGGAAAAGGAGCCGUCAUGCCAUUCAUUAAUGUGGGAGAUGGUUUUAACGUUUUCUAGAACAUUUCCAGAAAGCUGGACAAACCUGAAUGUCCAGAAAACUGUUUUGAAUAGGUUCUGGCAAUUUCUAAAGAGUGGUUGCUUUGGAUCUCAACAAGCAUCUUACCCUGCCCUUAUUCUAUUUUUAGAUGUUAUACCUCCUAAGGCUGUUGCAGGGCAGAAAUUUCUACUUGAGUUUUUUCAAAAUCUUUGGGCAGGAAAGCGUUUUUGUUAUUCAACUGUAGACCGUCAAGCUUUCUUUUGUUCCAUAAUAGAGUGUCUUCUUUGGGUCUUCAGAAAUUCUUCAAGAUACUUCAAUGGAGCAGAUGACAUAAACAAUUUUCUUUGCAGUCUAACUGAUCAGAUACUUAUCAAGCUGUUGUGGCAUGAUUACCUGCUUUCUGAGAAGUCAAAGGAUAAAGACAAUGCUUCCACCGAUUCAUCUUUUAAACUGCGACCCAUAGCAGACUUCAAUGGAAACAGUUCUGCAGGGUAUUUACAGGAUCUCGGGAAUUGUAUCAUUGAGAUUCUGUCAGGGAUAUAUUGCCUAGAACAUAAUAUGCUCUUGCUUUUCUGUUCUGCAUUUCAAGAGACAUGCCUGGAUAUAUUUCAGUUGCCAGACAGCUCCAGUAAGCAUGUAGAAAAGGCAAACCGAUUGACUGAGUUCUUGUUAUUAUUGGACCGGCAAGUAGUGCAGAAAAGUGAAACUUGGCCUUUCUCUGAUCUGGUUGGACCAACUUUGGCCAAGUGUUUCCCAUUUAUAAAGGAACAUGAUUCCCUGUAUUCAGUUAAAUUUGUAGUGCAAAUUGUCCAAAUAUUUGGUCCUCACAAGGUAGUAGAAGAGCUUUCAGGUUCAAGGCUGGGAAGGGAAGAGUUUUUACAUGCUUUCAGUGUAACUUUUAUUCGAUGGUGCUUACUAGAUCAGAGCUCUACUGGGGCACGACUGGAUCUCUUGCUUGCUUUACUUGAUGAACAAUGCUUUUCAGAACAGUGGGAUAUGAUCAUUUCUCAUGCAACAAAUCUAGAACAACUUAAAAAGACCACUACAAAUUCGAACUUUGACAGCAUAUCUGUGUUGGCUGUGCUUAUUGAGAAAGCAAUGGAAAGAAUUGAAAGUGUUGGCCAUCUGAAAGGCUCUUGUGCGGCAAGUUGGCAUCAUAAACUUUUGGAUUCAACUGCUGUUACAGUUGUCCGUGAGUUUCCUUCUUUUGGAGCAGGCAGUUCACGUUUUGUGUGUGCAGCUCUUGGUAGGAUGGUGGGAGAUGGUGGAUCUUCAUUCCUGUCCACGGAUGCAACAAUUAAAAUAUUUGAGGAAGUACUUAGGAAGUUGACGGUUUUUAUGAAAAAUUCUACAUUUGCAUGGGUUAAAGAUGCAUACUCAUUGAUAACCGUCAAAGUGGCCGAGUCUGAUGCGGGAUUUGGAUCUUCUAUUGAUGUUCAUGAUAUGGCUCAUUUUGCAUUUCAAGUACUUGAUGGUGGUUUGUUAUUGCUAAAGCUUCUUACUGAUGAGGUUUGGCUAAUUUCAGGACUACUAUCUGCGAUUUUUGUGAUUGAUUGGGAAUGUAGCAUGAAGACAGUGUUACUUGAUAAGUUCGGUGAAGAAAAUAAACAAAAUAUUGGAAAAGGACUGUCAUCGUGUGAAUCUGUGACUUCGUUGCGCAACAAAAUUGACCGUGAAUUCUUAAUGAGCCUUGGUGCAAAUACCCAGAAGAGACUUGAGAGCAUUUUGCUGCACUGUGUAAGAAGUGCUGUCACUAAGGAAGAUAUCUCAGACCAUGAAAAAAUCACAUCAACUUGCUGCAACUGGAUCAAUGAACUUUUUCAGUGUCUAUGUCAAGAGGAAUCUGAGGAACAAAAGCUGAUUGACAGUCUUUUUUUCCAGAGUGAUUCAUGGCCUCAUUGGGUUCUUCCAAAUUCAAACAUCAGAGAAAGAAUAGGUUGUUCGAACCAGGAAAUCUCUUCUUUUGAUGUGAAGUCCUCCGAAGACCACAUGUUUGUCUCAUUUAUUGUCAAGCUUUUAUCAAAAUUCGGCUAUCAAAAGUUUAUUGGUGGAGUUUCCCUACCUUCACGUGCCUGGCUGGCUGGAGAAGUAUUGUGCACAUGGAGUUGGCCUGGUGGCAGUGUGCUGAGUUCUUUCUUACCUUCCUUGGUUGCUUAUGUGAAGAGUGAGACUUGCAGUCCCGAAGCUGGCUUGUUGGAUUCCCUUGUCACCAUCCUUCUUGACGGUGCUCUUGUUCAUGGAGGAAGCUGCAGGUCAUGUCUGCCCACAAUAUGGUCUGUUACACUUGAUGAGGUGGACAUGAUUAAAGAUCCAUUCUUAAGAGCUCUUUUGUCCUUGCUGCUUACUCUUUUUGAGGAGAAUAUAUGGGAUGGGGAAAAGGCUAUAUUUUAUUUUAAAUUAGUUCUAUCCAAACUCUAUAUUGGUGAAACAAUAAAUGUAAAUUGCUUGAAGAUGCUUCCAUCAAUUGUUGAUGUCCUCAUUAAGCCCUUGAGCAUUGUAUUUGACAAAGUUGAUGCAAGAAUUCUGUCUGAUUCAUCCGAGCGCAUUGAAAUGCAAGAGGUGAUGAUGGACUGGCUGAAGCAGAUUCUAUUGUUUCCGCCGUUGAAUAUGUGGCUAACAGGAGAAGACAUGGAGGAUUGGUUUGACCUGGUAAUGUCAUGUUACCCCAUAAGAAGGGUGGAAGGAGAGAAAAGGUUUAGCACAGAAAGGUAUGCCAGUUCUGAGGAGAAGAUGCUUUUGGUUGAAUUAUUUCGUAAGCAAAGACUGAGUAUUGAUGCAUCAUCUUCUAUGAAUAAGCUGCCAAUUGUGGAUAUUUUGUUAUCAAAGUUAAUACUUGUCUCCGUUGCUUACUGUUGGAAAGACUUUGCUGAAGAAGAUUGGGAAUUCGUUAUUUAUCAUUUGAGGCGUUGGAUUGAACCAGCAGUUGUUGCGAUGGAAGAAGUUGCUGAGAACGUAAAUGACGCUAUAACCCACGCUUCAAAAUCCAUGGACUUGCAAAUGACUUCGAUGAUGCUUGAACAUACUGUUUCAUCUAUAAAUCCCUCCGCUUUCAAACUUGCUAGAAAUGCUCUUGUUGGGUUUUCCCUAUUUUGGGAAAUUAUUGAACACCAAAAGAAUGAGGACACAGAGAAGUCUAGUCCCUUGAUUGAUAAAUGGGAGAUAGUGUUAGAUCGGAUUCUAGAAGGUAUACUUCGUUUAUUUUUUUCCACAGCUGCCACUGAGGCGUUAGCAAGUUCUACUUGUUCUGAAGCUUCAUCCAUUAUAACAUCCUCUCGGCUUGAUCAAUCUAAGUUUUGGGAUUUAGUUGCUUCAAGUGUUGUCAAAUCCUCUUCACGAGCAAGAGAGAAGGCGGUUAAGUCAGUUGAAAUUUGGGGGCUAAGUAAAGGACCAAUUAGCUCUCUUUUUGCUCUGCUUUUCUCUACCAAGCCACUUCCUUCCCUACAGUUUGCUGCUUAUGUUGUUCUUUCUACAGAACCCAUAUCACACUUUGCUUUUGUCACUGAUAAUAAAGGAGAUUCAUUGGAUGGAGAUGCCUCCAAUAAUCGGGAUGGUAGUCUUGAACCAUUUUCUGAAGAAUUUAAUGUUCAUCUUAGGGAAGAAAUUUCCUACAUGCUGGAAAAAUAUCCAACUGAAGUUGUUGAGACAGAUUUGCUGUCACCUGAACGAAUCAACGUCUUUGUUGCUUGGUCUUUGUUGCUCUCACAUCUAAUUUCUUUACCGUCAUCAUCACCUUCAAGGGAGAAAGUCGUCCAAUACAUUCAAGAUUCGGCUUCAGCAACAAUAUUGGAUUGCCUUUUCCAGCACAUUCCUUUGGAAUUUUGUGCACCUUCAGCUGUGAAAAAGAAGGAUCAGGAACUUCCUGCUUCAAUAUUGGAAGCGGCCAGAGCUGCUACUCAUGCCAUCAAUUGUAGCUCAGCUGUUUUUGCCCUGGAAUCACUUUGGCCCACUGGGCCAGAGAAGGUUGCUUCUCUUGCCGGUGCAAUAUUUGGUCUCAUUCUUCAAACUCUACCAGCAUAUGUUCGGAGGUGGUUCAAUGGUAUACGUGACCGUUCUACAUCUUCUGCUGUCGAAUUCUUUACCAAAUCAUAUUGUAGCCCACCUCUCAUUGCAGUUGAACUCUCUCAGAUCAAGAAAGCAAAGUUUGUUGAUGAUACCUUCUCAGUCAGUGUUAGUAAAUCUGCCAAUGAAGUUGUGGCAACCUACACAAAGGAUGAAACAGGAAUGGAUCUUGUAAUUCGUCUUCCUGCAUCUUAUCCAUUGCGAUCAGUUGAUGUAGACUGCACCCGGAGCCUUGGUAUUAGUGAAGUGAAGAAAAGAAAAUGGUUAAUGUCAAUGAUGUCAUUUGUUCGUAAUCAGAAUGGAGCCUUGGCGGAAGCAAUACAAAUAUGGAAAAGCAAUUUCGACAAGGAGUUUGAAGGGGUUGAAGAAUGCCCGAUAUGUUACAGUGUCAUCCAUACGUCCAACCAUAGUCUUCCACGUCUGGCUUGCAAGACAUGCAAGCACAAGUUCCACUCGGCUUGCCUCUAUAAGUGGUUCUCCACCUCUCACAAGUCAACUUGCCCCUUGUGCCAAUCACCUUUCUGAUGAUCUUUUGUCUUCUUCUAAAGGGGAAGAGAGAGCCGCCGGUCCUUUAUCAGGAUGGUUCCUAACUGAAUUUCAGCCAUGACCGUGUUUAACCUUAUUGACGUGUUAGGGUUGCUUGCAAGGCAGAGUUACGUGGCUUCGCAGUUUUGACGAUUAACUCCUUGACUCCUUGUAUCUUUACAAUAAUAACUAGAUUGUAUUAGAAAACUAUCAAUGUUGUCUUCCAAGUUCCAAGUCACCUUCUCAUUUUUGGGCACAUGAAAGCGAAAACAGUCAUGUUGAUGAGUAUGCAGUAUUAUUUUUAUACAACCGAAAGGAAUGAAUAUGCCCACACUGUAUUUACAUUUGUUUAUAGUACAUUGGAUUUGUGAGGUAGAGAUAAAUGACGAAUGUGAAUAUGCACUUUAAGAUGGA